UGUAGUGAAGAUUAAAAUCAAUAAAAGAUUAUUUUAUUAGAAGUUCGUAGAAAAAAAAUGUUUUUUGUAUUGCAUUGUGGGUAGACAUGCCCAUUUUGAGGUGUCAACGCCCCCAAAUUAUGCAAUUAAAAUUGGAGCCCGUCACUUUCUACUUAAACUCCGAGUAACGAUGUUAUAAAAUACUCCUUUAAGCGAGAAAAAGCAGAAGAGAAAAAGAAGCAAUGAAGACCCUUGGUUUUUCACCACUUCAGGCGCUUUUGUUGGGUUGCCAUUUGUACUUUUGUGGAUCAGCAUUUGCAUCAUAUAGUAAUUCCGGAUCACUUCAGGCUAUGUGUAGGAUGUAUCCCAACACUCCAAUAGCAUCAGGCAUGGCUUGUGUAUAUGGCCAGAUUCUUUUUAAACAGUCUGGAUCAAAGGAGAAACUGAAGGUGACUUUCAGACUCUAUGGCCUCCCUGUCAACAGUAAACAGCCUAGAGCAAUGCACGUUCAUGAGUAUGGAGAUUUGAGCAAUGGCUGCAAUUCUACAGGUGGACAUUACAACCCCCUCAGAAUAAACCAUCCAGAACAUCCAGGGGAUUUUGGAAACUUUGUUCCGAAAAAUGGACGGAUUUGUCAGUCACGGUAUUUUGAUGCAACACUCUUUGGAAAGCUCUCAAUAAUUGGCCGGUCUGUUGUUAUGCAUGAGGGAGAAGACGUUGGGAGAGGUGGAAAUGCAGAAAGCCUGUUAAAUGGCAAUGCUGGACGGCGACUGGCAUGCUGCGUUAUCGGCCUUGAAAACCCUAGAAAUUAAUACUCCCUACAGAAAGUCACAGGUCUAAUUAUACACCCUGCUGAAAAGUCUAAUGGUUUCCUUUACAAUUUUUUUUCUAAACGUUUACCAUUAAAAUCAUUACAAAAUUCCUUUUAUGUUGUGUUUGGGAUUAUUCCAGAAGGAUUUAAAACUGUUCAACUUCAAAAAGUUGCUGAAAUGUUGGUUCCUAUCUGCCAGAUAACAACAUUACCAUGACAGCUUCCAUUAUAAAAAUUACAGUAUCCA